AUGGCCGAGUUGCUUGCAGCUAGUGCUUCCGGUUUGACCGAGGCCAGCGACGCCGAGACCGCCGCGACGACGCAGGACGAAGCCACCGACGACGCCGAGACCGCAACAACAACGCACGACGAAGCCAGCGACGACGGCAGCGACGGCGCCGACGAGCCGCUCGAGCUCGUCAUCGUCGGCGCCGGGCCCCACGCCCUGGCGCUGCUGCUGCGGCUCCUCGACGACGCGCCCGACGAGUCCGGCGACUUCUUCGUCGGCCUGGGCAGCGCGCCGCGGAGCUCGCGCAAGUCCUGGAGCGACCUCGAGAAGCGACGCUGCGGCGACGACGUCGCGAGGCGCAUCCUGGACCGCGUCCGCGUCGUCGACGGCUCCGGCGCGUGGCUCGGGACCUGGGACGCGCAGUUCGCGGCCCUCGAGAUCCCGCACCUACGGUCCACCUACGACCAGCACCCCUGCCCCUACGACUCCUUCGCGCUCCAGCAGUUCGUCGUGAAGAACGGCCGGGAGCGCGACGUCGUCGAUUUGGACGCGUCCGUGCGGACGACGCAGGAGAGCGGCGGCGACGACGGCUGCGACUGCGACGCGCCCAAGGGCAAGGGGUGCGGCUUCAAGGGCAACUUCCGCCUGCCUUCUACAAAACUCUUCCGCGACUUCGUGGACCACCUCAUCGACCAGUACCCGCGCGUGCGCGGCUGCGUGACCGAGGGCGUCGUCGACCGCGUCGACCGGCUCGACGGGCAUCUGGCGCGCGUCCGCCUGGCGACGGGCGAGACGCUCGUGGCGCGGCGGGUCGUGCUGGCCGUCGGCCCGGCGGCGGCGGCGCGCCUGCCGGACUGGGCCGCGCCGGGCCUCGGCGCGCACGCGUGGGACGUCGUCGCCGCGGCGGCCCGGGGCGAACCCGUCGUCGAGGCCGGGGACCGCGUCGCCGUCGUCGGCGGCGGCCUCACGUCGGCCCACCUCUGCUUCGUCGCCGAGCGCCGCGGCGCGAAACCGACGCUCCUCGCGCGGCGGCGGACGCUGCGCGUGUCGCAGUACGACCUGGAUUUGGCGUGGCUCGGCUGGCGCACGCGGCCGGGGAAGAUCGCGCGGUUCCUGUCGAAGCGGGCCGCGCCCGAGGACCGCCUCGCCAUGCUCCGGGCCGCGCGGCGCGGCGGGUCCGUGUCGCCCGAGGCGCGGCGCGGCCUCGACCGGGGCGGCACGGCCGUCGUCGCCGACGUCGACGUCGUCUACGGCGAGGUCGACGGCGGCGCGCGCUACCUCGACACGGCCGAGGGCGACCGCCUCGGGCCCUUCGACAAGGUCUGGUACGCGACGGGCGGCGCGCCGGGCGUCGCCGCGUCGCCGCUGUUCGCGCGGCUCCUCGCGGACCGGCCCGUGGCCGUCGUCGGCGGCUACCCCGUGCUCCACGCGUCGCUGCGCUGGGACGCGGACACGCCCGUCUACGUCGUCGGCGCCGCCGCGGCGCUCGCGCUCGGGCCCGACGCGCUGAAUCUUGCCGGCACGCGCAUGUCGUCGUGCCGCGCCGCGUCCGUCUUCCGCGACUCGCUCCGCGCGCGGUGCCUCGGAUCUCUCUCCGCGGCGGACGCCGCCGCGGCGGAGCUCGUCCGCGCGCGGCGCCUCGAGGAGCUCGUCGUCGACUUCGUGCCCAAGAAGGGCACCGUCGUCGUCCGCGGCCGGCCGGGCGACGCGGCCAAGGGCAGCGUGCGCAUGGAGAAGCAGUUCGAGGAGGCGGGCAUUAGCAAUUUCAAGCGCGUGCCGGCCUUCGACGGGAAGAAGCUCUUCGGGGACCCGAAGCUGCUCGCGUCCACGGUCGAGCUGCCGUCGGAGAUGAAGCAGUCGAGCGGCGAGAUCGGCUGCUCGCUGAGCCACCUGCGCGCGGCGGAGAUGGCGCUGGAGCUCGACGACGACUACGUCAUGGUCAUGGAGGACGACAUCCACCUGACCUUCUACGGCGCCUGGCGCACGACGGUGAAGGAGAUCGUGAGCCAGGCGCCACCGGACUGGCAGGUGCUGCAGCUGACGAUCAACAACGUCCGCGUGCUGCGGACGCUGCUGGGCCUGGGGUCGUCCUUCGUGCCCUGGCGCAAGAACCACUGGUCCACGGGCGCCUACCUCAUCAACCGCAGGGGCUGCCAGCGCGCCGUCGACGAGUUCACGCGGGGCCCGAACUCGUCGCCGCGGUACCGGCUCCCCGCGAACGUGCAGCUCGUGAGCGACGUGCUCAUGUACAACGGCCCCGGCGCCUACACGCACACGCGGCCCCUCUUCGACCACGAGAUCAAGGAGUCGACGAUCCACCAGGGCCACGUGGAGUCGUGCCACCGCCAGGCGUCCGAGCUCGGCGCGUGCUUCUACGGGCGCCUCGACCUGGCCUGGGCCGGCGGCGACGACUGCCGCGCGGCCGUGGCCUGCGUGCUCCGGGAGGCGGCGCGGCCGGACCAGCGCGCGCGCCUCGAGUGGUGGCUCCGGUUCCACCUGCGCGUCGGCUUCCGGUGGGUCGUGCUCUACGUCGACGCGCCGGACGGCGACGCCGUCGUCGGCGAGCUCCGGGCGACGUUCCGGUGGCUCGGCAAGGCCGUCGUCGUGCUGCCGCGGCCGCCGGGCGACGACACGCGGACCGCGGACGACGCGGUCGCGGUCGACGCGGCCGCGCGCGCGCGGCUCGCGGGCGCGUCCUGGCUCCUGCGCAUCGCCGAGGACGAGCUGCUCUACGUGCUCCCGGGCCGGUCCCUGCGCUCCGUCUUCGACGAGGCGCGCCGCGGCCGCGGCGGCGCGGCGAACACGAACGCGGGGCCCGAGCAGACGUUCAACGUGCGCUUCGACAACAUGGAGGUGCAGAAGCGCGCGUCCCUGGGGUCGGCGACGGCCCACGACAGCGCCUACAACUUCUUCGUCCGGGAGACGCUCUUCAAGCGGCGCACGGACCACGUCGACGGCGCGCCCGUGAGCCCCGCGGACGACCGCGCGUACUACGACCUGGUGCCCGCGGCCGCGCAGCUCCGGCGCCUGCCGGCGAAGCACGGCGCGGCGUCGGCGCCCGUGUUCCUGGGCCACGGCCGGGGCCGGUCCGCGGGGCGGCUCAGCGAGCCCGGGCUCGCGCCCGCGGGCAACCACGCGUGGCGCGCCGCGCGCGGCGAGCCCGCGGCCUGCGGCGGCGACCUCGUGUCGUCGCGCGCCUUCGUCCUGAGCUUCCCCUACUGCCACUUCGACGCCUGGAAGCGCGCCCACGGCGCCCGGGCCGCGGAGCCCAAGACGCCGACGUCGUCGUCGUCCGGCGGCAAGGCGUCGCCGACGUCGACCGCGGAUCUCCAGCUGGAGGACAGGCUCAACGGCGCGGAGCCGAGCGCCUUCGAGGCGGCGUCCGUCCGCGUGCUCCACGAGGAGGCGACGUCGGAGAAGCGCGCGGCCGCGCUCUACGGCGAGCACGUGCUCCUGCCGCCGGGCGCGCUGAGCGACGCGGCGUCGCCGCUCAAGGGCGACCCGAGCCGCCUGCCCGAGAGCUACGACGCGGCGGACCUGGGCCAGCACCCGCCCGUCGUCUUCGUGUCGCUGCCGCCGGGCUGCGUCCGCGCGGACUGCGGCGGCGCGUACGUGCGGCUCCAGCGGCGCGGCGGCGACGACGGCUCCGCGCUCUACCAGCAGCAGGGCGGCGCGCACCACCUCUACCGCAUCUCCAAGCCCUUCGUGGCCUGGAUGGUCGGGCGGACGCCCUACUCGUCGACGGCGGCGCUCGUCGCCCACGACCUCGCGCUCCGGCCCCAGGACGUCCGCGCGCCGUGGUCCGCGUUCGACGGCCGGCGCUGGGCGACGGUGCCGAGCGCGCACGUGCGCCUGGAGCAGCACGUCGUGUCGGCGACGGGCCACCGCUUCGCCGUAGUGUGUGCCGCGUCCGUGCUCGAGACGCACGUGGACACGCUGCGGGCGCUCAUGCUCGCGCCGCCGCGGUAUCGGCCGGACCAGUUCGACGUCCGGCCCGGCGCGCCGGACUACGCGACGGCGUCCCACGCCGCGGCGCUGGAGGCGGGCCAGGCCGAGUGCUGGGUCGCCAAGGCCGGCGGCGGGUCGCCGUUGGGCAAUUUUCUGACCGCGGAGCAGGCCGAGGGGGCGGUCGUCGCGGCCGCGAAGCGCCAGCAGCGCGAGAACUACCUGCUCGAGGUCCGCGACUCGGGCGCGGUCAUCGUGGACCUGCCGGCGUCCUGCGGCGCCGCCGCCGACGCCUGCGCGGGCGUCUACGUGCCCCACGACAAGGUCGCGAAGAAGGACGGCUCGGGCGGCAAGUCCGCGCCGGGGGGGGCGAAGAAGGGCCUGUCGCUCCGCGUCUACCGCCACGAGGAGGGCGCGCACUACCUCUACUUCUACGCGCCCUUCUCGGCCUGGAUGAUCGGCAGCCGCCCGGGUUCCGGGUCCGCGGCGCUGAUCGCCUACGACGGCGCGGAGCGGCCCGAGCUCAUCGCGCCCGACGCGCCGUGGCGCGUCUACGACGGCCGCGCGUGGCGCGAGGUGUCCGAGGUGCGCAUCCGCGCCCUCGCGGACCAGCAGUCCGGCGCCGCGAACGACGGCUCGACGCAGUGCGCCCUCGAGGAGCUGCCCGUCUACGCGUGGACGCCCAAGGGCGACACGAGCUCCGCGUCGUCGGGCGCCGAGGCGCCGCCCGCGGGCGACGUCGACGGCCUGCCCGUGCGGAACAAGAAGUACCUCGUCUACUCGUGCUGCGGCGACCGCGCCGUGCUGCCCAACUGGCUGAAGAACGGGAACCGCGGCUACGACCUCUGGGUGACGUACUACGGCACGUCCGAGGAGGACAAGUGGCGCGACCGCGCGGACGUCUACCGCCGCCGGCGCGGCGGCAAGUUCGAGAACCUGCAGGCGCUCUACCGCGAGCCGGGCGUCGCGGAGGUGCUGCGGUCCUACGACGGCGUCUUGGUGCUGGACGACGACGUCGUCAUCGACGCGCCGCGCAUCAACCGCCUCUUCGAGGUGCGCGAGCGGACGAAGCUCCACGCUUUACAGCCGGCCUUCGAGCAGCGGGGCAAGGUGUCGCACGCGAUGACGGCCGUGCAGCCGGCGAACCGCGUCCGCCUGACGAACUUCAUCGAGAUGACGUGCCCGCUCUUCUCCUCGGAGGCGCUGGGCCACUUCCUGGACCACUUCGACCCGGACCUCAAGGGCUGGGGCGCCGACUGGUGGUUCCUGACCAUCGUCGCGCGGACCAUGCGCGGCGAGGGCGAGGUCCGCGCGCCCGACGAGGAGCCGCACCCGCGGCUCGCGCUCCGCGGCGGCUGCGGCGUCUGCGACGCCGUGUCCUGCAUCAACCCGACGGACGCGGACAAGAGCGGCGUGCGCGAGAUCAACGUGCUCCAGGGCCGCGAGGGCCGCCGCGACUGCUGGAACCGCAUCCGCGCGCGCGAGAAGAUUUUGGAGUGGGACCACCUCGAGUUCGGCGCGGACGCGAAGCAGCCCGUGCGCAUCCGCGGCACGCGGUCCUACGAGCUCGCGCCGCCGGACCCGCCCGCGCCGCCGACGGGCGCCGUCGCGGACGGGUCCAAGGCCGCGCCGCCGCCGGCGGUCGACGGGCCCGAGGUCGACGCGGACGCGCCGUCGAAGGCCGCCCUCUAG